AGCGGGGCAGGCGGCGGAGCGCCGCAGCAUGCGGGGCGCGCAGGGCUCCUCUGCGGGUGGGCUGCUCUGCUGCCGCCGCCGCUCCUUUUUUUUUUUUUUUUUUUUUUUUCCUUGGGGGGGGGGGUUUUUUUUUUUUUUUUUUUUUUUUUCUCUCUUCACCAACUUCCUUCCUGCUCCAACUGCCAAAGCUCGAGGCUGAGCGCUGACAGCAGAGGAGGACCCCGGCCGCAGGCGCCGCUCCGCCGACCAAGUGACCAUGACUGAGAAGACACAAGAACCUCACGUGGAGGAUGAUGAUGAUGAGCUGGAUGGGAAACUCAAUUACAAACCUCCUCCCCAGAAAACACUGCAGGAGCUUCAAGAGUUGGACAAGGAUGAUGAAAGCCUCGCUAAGUACAAGAAGUCCCUGCUGGGAGAUGGACCUGUGGUAGUAGACCCAACAGCUCCCAACGUGGUGGUCACCCGGCUCACUCUGGUGUGUGACUCUGCUCCAGGACCCAUCACCAUGGACCUUACAGGUGACCUCGAAGCACUCAAGAAAGAGACCUUCGUAUUAAAGGAAGGGGUGGAAUACAGAGUUAAGAUCCACUUCAGAGUAAACAGGGACAUUGUGUCGGGACUGAAAUAUGUGCAGCACACCUACCGGACAGGGGUGAAGGUGGACAAAGCCACGUUCAUGGUUGGCAGCUAUGGGCCACGGCCAGAGGAGUACGAGUUCCUGACGCCUGUUGAAGAGGCUCCUAAGGGUAUGCUGGCUCGAGGCACCUAUCACAACAAAUCCUUCUUCACGGAUGAUGACAAGCACGACCAUCUCACCUGGGAGUGGAACCUGUCCAUCAAGAAGGAAUGGACAGAAUGAGUUCACCCAGUUUGCCUUCCCCCUUCCCAUCCCCCUGCCUCCUGCACCAGUCUCCAGGCCUUUGCUGCUUCUUCUGACACACUGAAAACAACCCAGCAGUUCUCACCACCACCCCGUCAUGACACCAUAAUGGGUUAAAUUGGGAAGCAUCUCCCUCCCUCUCCCCCAGUACUUCCUCCUGUUGUCCCCAUCUCUCCCAUACCAACUCCAGUCCUGGAAGUGCCUUUUAGAGGAAACAAGAUCACCUGGCAGGGGUGGACUGGUCCCUGGAAAAUCCCUAUCUUGAGUUACACUUGCCAUGUGCUCUGACUCAUUGUAAAGGGUUACUUACCUCCCGUGAUGGUCUCCUGGUCUGUAUCUGGUGCCCUACCCUGUUAAAAUCCAUCCUUGUGCAGGCAAAGCCAGUCAGGGGGAAUGCAGCUAGAUGCCGUAACACGACUCCAGUGUCUGAGAAUAAAACCAGUUCUUUCUUC